AUGGGUGUGGUCGCCGCCGAAGUACCGGCGGACGCCCUUGGGGCGGCUGCCGCCGCCGAGCUGGUAGCGGCCGCUGGGGCGGGUGCCGCCUCAGCCGUCGUGGAGAUAGCCGCGGCCGCUGCGCGGCGGCUAGGGUUCCUGCCGCCGGUCUCCUCCCCGCCCACCCCCGCCGGCGCUGCUCUCCUCACCGCCCUCAUCCCCGCCGGCGCCACUGUCCUCCCCGCGGACUCCGUCUCCUCCCAGCCGGAGCAUCUCUCCUCCCCGCCCUCCCCCGCCGGCGCCGCUCUCCUCACCGCCCUCAUCCCCGCCGGCGCCGCUGUACUCCCCGCGGACUUCAUCUCCUCCCAUCCGGAGCAUCUCUCCUCCCCGCCCUCCCCCGCCGGCACCGCUAUCCACUGCCGGAGUCCCCUGCCCUCCACCGCCCCUCCCUCUGCAGUCCCGUGGAUCUGGCCAAGGUGA